AUGGCGGUGUACGCAUCAUCCGAGUUCAGCCGGGUGUUCUCGGCGUUGGACCGCGACGGCGACGGCAAGCUGUCGGCGGCCGAGCUGCGCCUCUGCAUGAAGGCGGCGCUGGGCGAGGACGUGUCGGCGGAGGAGGCGGACGCCGACGGCGACGGGCUGCUGAGCCAGGAGGAGCUCCUGGCGCUGGCGCUGGCGGGGACGGCGGCGGGAGGAGGAGGAGGGCGGCGAGCUGCGAGCGGCGGCGGGAGCUCAGGGAGGCGUUCGGGAUGUACGCCAUGGAAGGCGAAGGGUGCAUCACGCCGGUGA